AUGAUGGAGUCUUCACGGGGUCCGCCCCGAGUCAAGAACAAGGGAGCUGCUCCUACUCAAAUCAGCGCCGAACAACUGCUGCGCGAAGCCGUUGACAGACAAGAACCUGGCUUACAAGCUCCAACGCAGCGGUUUGCAGACCUUGAAGAGCUUCAUGAAUUCCAGGGGCGGAAGCGCAAGGAGUUUGAGGACUAUGUUCGCCGAAACAGAAUCAACAUGAACCACUGGAUGCGGUAUGCGCAAUGGGAAUUAGAGCAGAAAGAAUUCCGGAGGGCAAGAUCCGUGUUCGAAAGGGCACUGGACGUAGACAGCACAAGCGUAGUGUUAUGGAUUCGCUACAUUGAGGCCGAGAUGAAAACCAGGAACAUCAACCAUGCGCGGAACCUACUAGACCGAGCGGUGACUAUUCUACCAAGAAUAGACAAGCUGUGGUACAAGUAUGUAUAUAUGGAGGAGACCUUAGGGAACAUCCCAGGAACCCGGCAGGUCUUCGAACGAUGGAUGAGUUGGGAACCUGACGAGGCCGCAUGGACAGCAUAUAUCAAACUUGAAAAGCGAUAUGGCGAGUAUGAUAGAGCAAGGGCAAUCUUUGAACGGUUCACUGUCGUGCAUCCUGAGCCACGAAAUUGGAUCAAAUGGGCCAAAUUCGAAGAAGAAAACGGAACGAGUCAGCUCGUCAGAGACGUCUAUGGUGUCGCCAUUGAGACGCUGGGGGAUGACUUCAUGGAUGAAAAGUUGUUCAUCGCAUACGCUAGGUACGAAACGAAGCUGAAGGAGCUUGAGCGUGCCAGAGCAAUCUACAAAUAUGCUCUAGACCGGCUUCCAAGAUCCCGGUCCGCGGCAUUACACAAGGCAUACACUACAUUUGAGAAGCAAUUUGGCAACCGCGAGGGUGUUGAAGAUGUGAUCCUAGCCAAGCGAAGGGUACAGUACGAAGAGAAAAUCAAGGAAAAUCCCAAGCAUUAUGAUAUAUGGUUCGAUUUUGCACGACUGGAGGAGACUGGUGGUGAUGUAGAUCGAGUGCGAGAUGUCUACGAGCGAGCCAUUGCUCAGAUUCCACCGUCUUUGGAGAAACGACACUGGCGCAGAUAUAUCUACCUAUGGAUUUUCUACGCUUUGUGGGAAGAAAUGGUCAAUCGGGAUGUGGACCGAGCUCGCCAGGUUUAUCAAGAGUGUCUCAAGCUGAUACCUCAUAAGAAAUGGACUUUUGCCAAGAUCUGGAUAAUGAAGGCACAGUUCGAGAUACGACAAUUGGAGCUUCAAGCUGCACGGAAGACCAUGGGACAGGCCAUUGGCAUGUGCCCCAAAGACAAAUUGUUUCGAGGGUAUAUUGAGCUAGAGAGACAGCUUUUUGAGUUUGUGCGAUGCCGGACGUUAUUUGAAAAGCAACUCGAAUGGAACCCUUCCAACAGCCAAGCAUGGAUCUCAUUUGCUGAUCUGGAGCGUGGUCUAGACGAUUUAGACAGAGCAAGAGGCAUCUACGAAUUGGCAAUAGAUCAACCGACGCUCGAUAUGCCAGAGUUGGUCUGGAAAGCUUACAUUGACUUUGAAGAAUACGAGGAAGAGUACGGACGAGCCAGAGCAUUGUAUGAGCGACUACUCCAGAAGACGGACCACGUGAAGGUAUGGAUCAAUUAUGCGAGGUUUGAGAUCAACAUCCCAGAAGCGGACGAAGGAAAUGGAGACGAGCAGCAGCCGGUUAGUGAAGAAGCUAAGGAGCGGGCAAGAAAGGUCUUUCAACGCGCCCACGAUGUCUUCAAGGAAAAGGAUCUCAGAGAGGAUAGAGCCGACCUGCUGAGCGCAUGGAGAUCAUUCGAGCGCACCCACGGAAGUCCUGAGGACAUUUCCAAGAUUGAGAAACAAAUGCCGAGAAAGGCAAAGAAGCGGAGAAAGGUGGAGGAAGACCGAUAUGAGGAGUAUCUGGAUUAUAUUUUUCCAGCUGACGACGAAUCAGCAGCCAAGCUUUCCAGCAUUCUGCAGCGUGCACAUGCGUGGAAGCAGUCACAAGGCAGCAAUAAUGACACCAAUAAUGGCACUAAUGGCAACGUUUCAUGA